AUGAUUUAUGGAAUAUUUUUUCAAAACGCCCAGAAUGACACUAGGGUCUCUAAGUGGUACGCUCCCUUCUCUACAAAGGAGAAGAAAUCCUUCGAGGACAGGAUUCACAACGAGCUCGUGAACCGCGAUAGAAAAUGGUCCAACGUGUUCGACCUCGACUCAAUGAAGGUGGUCUACAGGCAGUACUCGGGACUUAUUAUCUGCAUCCUCAUCGACCCCUGCGAUAACACGCUCGCGCACUAUGAACUGAUCCACCUCAUCGUGGAGGUGCUGGACAGCUACUACGGAGACGUCUGUGAACUCGACAUCGUGUACAACUUCAACCGCGUCCACGCGAUCCUCGACGACCUCGUACUCGGAGGAGAUGUGAUAGAGACCUCGAAGGACAUAAUCGUGGAGAAGCUGCGCGCAGCAGACAAAGUCCCAUGA